AUGGCUUCCCGUGUCAACAUUGUUCAAGUACAAAUUCUCGACAAUCCUGCGAUGUUUGUCGACAAAUUCAAGUUGGAGAUCACAUUUGAAGUUUUUGAGCACUUGCCGCAUGAUCUCGAAUGGGAAUUGGUCUACGUCGGAUCCGGAACAUCCCGAGACUUUGACCAAGUUCUCGAUUCAGCGCUCGUUGGUCCAAUUCCAGAAGGACGCCACAAGUUUGUGUUCGACGCGGAUCAUCCGGAUAUCUCGAAGAUCCCAGUCGAUGAUAUCGUCGGUGUCAGCGUACUUCUCCUGCGCUGCAAGUACAACGAUCAGGAGUUUAUCAAUAUGGGAUGGUUCGUGGCAAAUGAGUACACCGAGGAAGAGCUCAAAGAGAAUCCCCCAUCGCAGCCACUCAUCGAAAAGCUUUCCCGCAAAGUCGAAACUGAAGAUCUUCGCAUCACCACAUUCCCGAUUCGCUGGACUGAUGAGGAUCCGGUCGCAGAGCCUGUCGAGGAUGAGGCUAACAGAGUAUUCGCGGAAGAUGACCUCAUGCCUCUGAAUGAUGAUGGCCAGGAAGAUGACGAUGAGGAGGAAGAGGAUGAUGACGAGAUGGAGGCCAACGCUGAAGAAGUGGAUUUGAACGAGAGCUUCAAUGAACGAUUGGCCAAUGCACUUGACGGGGCCGAACAGAAAGGCGCAGAUGAGAAAAUGGAGGACGAUGGAGCAAAUGAGGAUGUUGAUAUGGCUGAUGACGAGCCUGGCGUUCAGAUCAACACUGACACGAAAGUUCCGGAAUCGAUGGCGGAGCCACUCUCAGACAAGACAAACAACGAAAUGGUCCAGUGAUUUCACUUCCAGUUAAUUUAUAUAUUUUGAACUUAUUUUUAUUCCCACCCGAUUUUCAGUGACUGUCAAAAAUUCACAUAAUUCGUUCUUUCAUUUUUUUUCUUUUCAAGAAUUUUCACUUUGAAUGUUUUCCGAAUAAAACUGUACAGUGUCAUUC